CCUCCCUCCUCUCUCACACUACCUCAUCCAGCAUCUCUUCCUUCCUCCUUAACGACACAGCAGCGGUAGGUAACAGCAGCGCCGGCGCGUCCACCACAACGGAAAAUAAACAUGGCGCUCAUUCCUUCCCAAAUCCUAAGAGUAGCCAUACUCCUGUCGUAUUUAUCCAUCAUCUGCAAUUACAAAGCCAUAGACAUGCCCGCGCAUCAGACAUACGGCGGUAGCUGGAAGUUUCUGACGUUCAUAGAUUUGGUCAUCCAAGCUGUGUUCUUCGGAGUGUGUGUCCUGACAGACCUUUCUAGCCUAUUGAUGAAGGGCACAGCCAAUGUGGAGCAAGAAAGGCAACUCCGGAAGCUGAUUGGUCUGCGGGACUGGAUGAUGGCUGUGCUAGCCUUCCCUGUAGGAGUAUUUGUGGUGACCAUGUUCUGGAGCCUGUACCUCUAUGACAGAAAUUUGGUGUACCCAAGACUCCUGGAUAAUUUCAUACCUCAGUGGCUAAACCAUGGAAUGCAUACGACAGUGCUUCCUUUCAUCAUCAUUGAGAUGAGAACCACACGUCACCUCUAUCCCAGCAGGAUGUGUGGACUCUUGGCUGUGUGCUGCUUCUGUGUGGGAUAUGUUCUUUGGAUGUGUUGGGUGUAUAACGCGACGGGAGUCUGGGUGUACCCACUGUUAGAGCACAUAGACACGGUGGCCAGAGUGGUGUUCUUCAUCUGCCUCACAGCACUCACCGGCCUGUACUACAUCAUGGGGGAGAUCCUCAACAGCUAUAUCUGGGAUUCCUCAAGGAGUGCUUUAGAGUCAAAUAAGGAUAAAAGUGACUGAAUCCAUGGACAGUGAGAUGCAACAGCUGUGUUGGAACUAUUGCAUUACCAGCGCUCGUUGUUUGGAGAGUAACUCUGGACUGAGCGGUAAAUUUGACACUUGGGAAAAGGUCAUCGAUAAACAGAGUGUACCCGACCACCUUGUUUUUUUUCUAGUACAGCUCCUGAUACAACUUCAUCCAAUUCUCACUUUAACGAAAGCACAGCUCUUCUACAUGAGUUAAAUCAAAGUGAUUUCAGAAUACCUCAAAAAAUGUAUGUAUUAAUCAUAUGUAUCAAAUCAAAUGUAUUAAUCACAAUUCCUGUCUUUGUACAUGUUUAGGUCAGUAUUACAACCUUAUGUGUUAUAAUGUUAUAUAUUCAACUCCAUGGUUAUUGGCAGCCUUUAUGAAAACAAGUAUACAAAUAUAUCCAUUACACCGCGAUGAACUGCCAUCCCGGCUCCGGAUCCACCGUGACCCAGACCAGGAUAAAGUGCUUACUGUAGAUGUAUGAGUGAAUACAUAUACAGUAUAAAUGCAUGCAUUGCAUCUAUAUUUUGAGAUUGAACCUAUAGAUUUACUGUACAGCUUUAUUUUUACACAGCAUUCCUUUGAAACAUAAAACUCUGUGUAAUAGACCAGGCUCAGGAGGAGGUUGGAGAUCCAUGUGCAGAGGUUUAAUUACAGAUUCCAGGUACACAAAGCAGGCAAAGACAAUCCAAAACUCCAGAAGAAUAAUGAGGCAGGCAAAGGUCAAAACACAGUAUGGUAUGAGAUAACCAAACAGCAGGAUCAUCCAGAAGAGUAAUCAAAAAGCACAACUAAAUGUCGAAACCCAGUAAUGGCAGUCAGAACAGAACACGGCUCACACAGACUCUGGGAAUGUCAAACCUUUUUGUUAGUUUGUUCAGCAUGGUAGGUUGUAAUCUAAGGUUAUAGUCUUAAACCAGGAAGUGAACAGGAAGUAGACAGAUAGAGCUGGGAUAGGGAUAAUUUCCUGGACUGGUGUGACACUGUCCUCAUAAUACCAUCAAUCUGAGGAAAUGCAAGAACCUGGUUCUGUUGUUUGAGUGGAAAUUUUCAAUGAUUACGUGUAAUGUUUAUUUUAUACAAGCAUUUUUCCCCCUGUUCCUGAAGGGCACUGAUAGUUCAAGAGUUGAUAUUUUUCAUCAAAAGGGAUUGAGCGGAUACACCGAAUCGCACGAGCAUGUGGUAACUGAUAAUGAACAUGCACUGGGCCUCAUGAGUUUGUUUAUUAAAGUUGUGUGUAUCUGUGUUCAUUAGCCAAAUCAAAUUAAAUACUUCUGCUAGAUUUACAAUAUAAUGCACAUCUUCUGACAAAUCAGAUUCAAGAUUUCAACCACGCUGUGGUAUAAAAAUAUAUAGCAGUGGAACAGCACUUGCUAAUACAGUAAAUUACAGAAAAGGUGACAAUUAAGUGAAGUGAAAGGAAAAUAGUUUGAUGUAAAAAUGGAGGGCAAGAGAUAUCUAUGCUGUACGCAGAUAAUCAUGGACACCAAGCACAUCACAAAGAUAAACUGCUAUGUUUAAUUCUUUUAAUUAAAGAAUUAAUUCAACUGUGGCUCAUUCUGACGUGCUCUCCAGCCUCUCGCAUACUUCAUCCUCUCUCAAACUUCAGCCUCUCGCACAUUUCAGACUCUCGCACACUUCAGCCUCUCUCAAACUUCAGCCUCUCGCUCAUUUCAGCCUCUAGCACACUUCAGCCUCUCGCACAUUUCAGACUCUCGCACACUUCAGCUUCUCUCAAACGUCAGCCUCUAGCACACUUCAGCCUCUCGCACAUUUCAGCCCCUCGCACAUAUCAGCCUCUCGCACAUUUCAACCUCUCGCAUAUGUCAGCCUCUUGCACACAUCAGCCUCUUGCACACUUCAGACUCUCGCACAUUUCAACCACUCGCAUAUUUCACCCACUCGCACACUUCAGCAUCUCGCACUCUUCAGCCUCUCAGACUCUUCAGCCUCUCGCACACGUCAGCCUUUCGCACACUGCAAACUCUCACACAUUUUAACCUCUCGUACAGUUCAGCCUCUUGCACAUUUCUACCUCUCGCAUGCUUCAGCCUCUUGCACUCUUCUGCCUCUCGCACACUUCAGCCUCGUGCACGGCACCCUCCCCAAUGGCAUGUUGGAAAAGAAGGAAAGCACGUAUCGUAAGGAAACCUGAUGUAUUCAUGCACACUCGGGUAUAUACAGCACAUUGCAGGUUGAGACAUACCAGAUCACUCACUUAUAGGUCAAUUAAUGCUGACUCUAAAGUGUUUAAAGCAUUAAAGAAGAUUAAAAGAAAGACGCCAUCUGAGCUACUGCAGCCUGUUGUCCUUUUAUAAAGCAUUAGAAAAUAAAUUUCACUAUACUGUAAUGUAUAUGUGACAAAUAAAGGCUUUCUUCUAUUGCAGUGGCAUGGUCUUGAUUGAAUGACUGGUCUUAUUUGUCCUAAUGUAUGGAUUUAUGCUGGCUUCAAGUUACACAAACUCAGGAGCUGUUGUAGGAUACAAAUAUUUUUCCACACAAACAGGAUUCUCAUGAUUACCAUAUUUCUUAUGUAACUUAUGUGGAGGGCAGGGCUCUCAUUCAUCAACAUGUGUGU